CGUGAUUUUACUUUCAUUUCAGUUCAGUUUAAAUUUCGAUAGACAAACUACAAAAAAUAUUGUACCAUUCAAUAAUAGUGAUAGCGCUUAUCACUAGUUGAGCCUCUACCCCCUUUCAAUUGCACAAUUGAUAAUUAUUUAGUUGUGGUUGCUUCUUGCGGAGCCAUAAAAUUUGACUGCGUGGCUGUAAAGUGCGUUUGUGUGCGUUCUUGUGUUUCUCCCUGUUUCAGCAACAUUCAGCACCACUAUGUUUACCUACGGCUGUUGGGCUCUCAUGCUGCUAUUGGCUUCAACAGUUGCCAAAGCCGAUGAUAAUGACUCCUGUUAUUCAUUUGCUGGUGGCUCAGUGUAUCCCGCCGGGGAGCCCAAGGGUGACCAUCAAUUACAGUACACAAAGGCUGUUAUCUCCAAGCCUGCGCCACAGUUUGAGGCCACCGCUGUGGUUAACAAGGAGAUCGUGCAGCUCUCGCUCUCACAAUAUCUGGGAAAAUAUGUUGUGCUGCUCUUCUACCCAUUAGACUUCACAUUUGUUUGUCCUACGGAAAUAAUUGCCUUCUCGGAUCGUAUCGCUGAAUUCCGCAAAAUCAAUACGGAAGUGAUUGCUGCCAGCGUUGAUUCGCACUUCACACAUUUGGCGUGGAUAAAUACGCCGAGAAAAGAGGGCGGCUUGGGUAAUGUGAAAAUUCCUCUACUCUCCGACUUGACGCAUAAAAUAAGCAAGGACUAUGGUGUUUAUCUUGAGGAAGUUGGCCAUACUCUACGUGGCCUCUUCAUCAUUGAUCAGCGUGGCGUCUUGCGCCAGAUCACAAUGAAUGAUCUACCCGUUGGUCGAUCAGUGGAUGAGACGAUACGUCUAGUACAGGCCUUCCAGUACACCGAUACCCACGGCGAGGUUUGCCCAGCUGGCUGGAAGCCAGGCGCUGAUACGAUCGUGCCCAAUCCGGAAGAAAAAACAAAGUACUUUGCUAAGAACAACUAAAUAAUUAAUACUUAAUCUGCGCAUCCCACCAAGCUUGGCUAAUUUUAUAUUCAAAUUUCAAGGACAGAGAUAAAUAAAAUCAUUGUGCACAUACAUUCCCAACU